GAAUAUUCUUUUUAUUGCCGGUGAGUCACAAACACUUGGCAAGUUUGCUCCGAUCUGUUGAGAUGACGAGUGCAAGUCAUUAGAUUCUGAAUUUUGUAGAUCAGCAACCGAUCGCAACUUCCACGACUACCAUCACUAUUCACAGAUGGCGUCCUCCACAGUGGCGGCCGCCACAGUACGAGCUGUAAAAGGAAGGAAAAUUUUUCCGACUCGCGCUGCACUCACCUUGACACCCAAUGCUGUCAAAAAGAUCAAGGAGAUUUUGAAGGAUAAGAGCGAAUAUAUUGGUCUUAAGGUCGGAGUACGGCAACGUGGAUGUAACGGUUUGAGUUAUACUCUAGACUAUGCAAAAGAAAAAUCCAAGCUUGAUGAGGAAGUAGUUCAAGAUGGUGUUCGUAUAUUCAUCGAUAGAAAGGCGCAGCUAUCUCUUCUUGGAACAGAAAUGGAUUAUACUGAGAACAAAUUAAGUUCUGAAUUUAUAUUCAAUAAUCCGAAUGUUAAAGGGACAUGUGGAUGUGGAGAAAGUUUUUCACUUUAGUAAAAUUUAAUGUAACAUUAUUAUAGUCCUAUCAUCAUAGUUUAUGUAAUAUGUAAUUAUAUCGAGUUAGUUAAAUUUAGGCUCUUCAAAAUGCCUUGUGAUAUUUGAGAGCACACUUCUAUCUUUUCUUAUAGCGGAAGAACUGAAUCUAUGAUGCAAAAUGUAUGUAACAAUCGUCACAACUUAGCUAAUCAUUUUCCAUAAAUUUUGUAUAUAUCUUAUCUA